UAUGCUGUGAUCAGUCAAGAUGAAAAUCCCAAGAGGAACCUACAAUUUGUGUGGACAGCCAACCGGCACUACAGACAUAUUGAGUUCAGGGCAACUUUUAUUGUAAACGAUGAUGUCUUCUGGGUGUCAGAAAAAUCUAGAUUACUGGGAGAUCCCAAAGCUGGACCCCUUCCCUUGCCCAGGAACAGGGUGACUGCUCCAAUUAACACAGACGAAUGUGGGAACACUAAGGGAUGCUUCCGGGAGCCACCGGGCUGCAUAGAACCACAGUGCUUGUACAUCCUCACCUGGAGAAGCGAAGCUGCCACAAUUGACUUUGAACUUGGUGGACUGGCUGAUAGUUCCAUCGAUAGAUAUGUUGCAGUUGGUCUUUCUGAAGACAAGUAUAUGGGUGACGACACAGUACUUACCUGUGCCCACAACUCAGAAACGGGCAGGACAGAAAUAUUUCUAUCCUACAAUACUGCAGACCCCAAGAACAACAUUCCUGUUCCUAAAUAUGAUGUCAACCCUUCCACAGGUGGACAUUAUGAUACUAGUCUGUACCCAGUGAUUGUCUCGGAGGAAGGAUCCUACGACAAUGGACGACUCCGGUGUCGUUUCAGGAUUAACAGAGAUCUAGACACGAAGAAAAGAAGAAGAAUAACCCGGUUCAUUCAGAGGCGCCAUGGUCUGAGUGUUGAAGAGCUGCCUUUGGCCAGUGCAAACCGUAUUGAUUUCACCUACUUCUCCAAUUCACAUGGCAGAGCCACCUACUCCCUGGCCAAAGCUCAUGGUUGCCUGAUGAUCCUUGCUUGGAUAUUUUUUGCAUCCAUCGGCCUUCUGUUGACCAAAUACUACAAGCCAAUGUGGCCGGAGAGUCGAAUGUUUGACCAAAAGUACUGGUUCCUGGGUCAUUUCAACUGUAUGGCAACCAUGUUCAUCAUCACCAUUAUUGCCAUCAUUCUCAUCUUCGUAGAGGCUGGAGGCUACAGUCAGGCUCCAGAUCUUCCACAGAAGGCUCAUCCCAUUUUGGGUAUAAUCAUCUUCAUCUGCAUCAUCAUUAAUCCUAUCCUGGCCCUGAUUCGUCCCUCAGAAGAAAACAAGUGCAGGCCUGUGUUCAACUGGUUCCACUGGGCUUUUGGUACCAUUGCCAAUGUGCUUGCAAUUCCCCAGAUAUUCAUCGGCAUGGAUUUUGGUAAAGUGAUGGUUCCCUGGUGGGCUACCUGGGUCCUGGUUAUCUGGGUGAUAUUUCACAUUGCAGUCGAGCUGACCCUGGAGAUCCAUCAGUGCUGCACCUACAAGAAAAAUAAAGAACGCAGAAAGAAGUGGGAGCGAGAGAAGAGAGAAUAUCCCAAGCAACAUUUCCCGGAACCACAGCCAGCUGGUCGCAAAUUCAAGCAGUUUAUGUUGUUCCUGCAUAUUGGCUUCACUGCCUUCAUUACGUUGUUCAUGAUCAUCGUCAUCGCAGUGUCUUAA